GGUUGGGGAAUUCCCCGCAGGGCGGAAGCGCCAGACAUCCAGGCAAAGCCCAGCGACAGGCGGGCGGCCGCUGGGGGCCCCUGAGGCUUCGGGGGCCAUGGCCGGGGUCGCGUGCUUGGGGAAAGCCUCGGACGCCGACGAAUGGUGCGACAGCGGCCUGGGCUCUCUGGGUCCGGAUGCGGCGGCCCCCGGAGGACCGGGGCUGGGCGCGGAGCUGGGCCCAGGGCUAUCGUGGGCGCCCCUCGUCUUCGGAUACGUCACUGAGGAUGGGGACACGGCACUGCACUUGGCGGUGAUUCAUCAGCACGAGCCCUUCCUGGAUUUCCUCCUGGGCUUCGCGGCUGGCACUGAGUACCUGGACCUGCAGAAUGACCUGGGCCAGACAGCCCUGCACCUGGCAGCCAUCCUGGAGGAGGCAUCCACAGUGGAGAAGUUGUAUGCAGCGGGCGCUGGGUUGCACGUGGCGGAGCGUGGGGGCCACACGGCGCUGCACCUGGCUUGCCGCGUGGGGGCACAUGCCUGCGCUCGUGCGCUGCUCCAGCCCCGCCCCCGGCGCCCCCGGGGAGCCCCCAGCACCUACCUCGCCCAGGACCCUGACCACACCCCUGACACUGACCCUGCUCCUGUUGCCUUGUACCCCAACCCCGACUUGGAGAAGGAGGAGGAUGAGAGUGAGGAGGACUGGAAGCUACAGCUGGAGGCUGAAAACUACGAGGGCCACACCCCACUCCAUGUGGCCAUCAUCCACAAAGAUGCAGAGAUGGUCCGACUGCUCCGGGAGGCCGGAGCUGACCUCAACAAACCGGAGCCCACGUGCGGUCGGAGCCCCUUGCACUUGGCAGUGGAGGCCCAGGCAGCUGACGUGCUGGAGCUUCUCCUGAGGGCGGGUGCCGACCCCGCUGCUCGCAUGUACGGUGGCCGCACCCCGCUGGGCAGCGCCACACUCAGGCCCAACCCCAUCCUUGCCCGCCUCCUCCGUGCACACGGAGCGCCUGAACCCGAGGAGGAGGACGACAGGCCUGGCCCCUGCAGCAGCAGUAGUGACAGCGACAGUGGGGACGAGGGCGAUGAAUACGACGACAUCGUGGUCCACAGAGGCCGGCGCCAGAACCCGCUACCUCCCACCCCAGCCUCAAAAACUCUCCCUGAAGACCCUGUCUGACUUCAUUGUUAAUAGAAUUUCCAGUUUAAUAAAAUCCCAGUUCUGACCAC